CUUUUAAAGGCGUGAUUGUUGAAAAAGCUUUUUGAUUGUUCUGCUCAUUACUUCGAGGUUCUCCUAUCUACCACCAUGAUGCAACAAAUAUAUUUUUAGAGUUAGUUUUAUCUCUGUCGUGUUUUUCUUUCACGACAGACCUUUACUUCUUGCAUUUUCUUUCGCGUUUCCCUGCUAAACUGCAUAUAUCGGGAAAAGAUUUUAAGAAAGUGUUCUUGUAAAGUAUUCCAAGAUUUAAUUUGAGUGAUUCUUUGGAUGCCUUCAAUUACGCUAAUUAUGCUGCAAGUUGCAAUGAAUAAAGUGACUUUAGAAUUCGGAAUUCAUGAUUUCCAAUCAGCACAAUAAUGCUGCUGUCUCGUACACAUUCAAUGCAGCGAAUCGACAACAAAGACAAAUACAAAUUGUUGAUGCUAAUUCGUUGCAACCUUUAUCAGAGUCACUUGUAAAUGAAGAAUUUAAACGUGACGACGUUCCAGUUCAAAAUACUCAAGUGGUUUAUGGAACUACUGCUGCUGGCUUUGCACCAGUGGUUGGGCAAAAUGUUCAACUUGUUUCAUCAAUACCUAAUACAAUGGAAUUAUCAAAUAAUGCAUAUGAUUCAUCAAUGGUUGUCCCUCAAGAGCCUUCACAAGCAGGCCUGGAUAUUGAACCUAUUGAUUUAGAAGAGGUUCAAAAAAUUCAGGCUCGUAUGCCAGCUGCUGAUCCGAAUGCUCCUGUGGGUUCAAAUAAAAACCCCAUUAGAAUUAUACAGCAAGGAAAUCAGUACAUAACCACACAAGAUGUAUCCGAUGAACAUUUACAACAAAUCAUUCAAGUUUUAACAAAUCAAGCAUUACUUUCAAGUAGCGGUUCUCGACCAAGUGCAAUCUACAACCGUCUCACAAAUCGUCGCAUUAUAUUUCGUGUAACACGUGCAAAACGUCGUCAUGACGAUGGAAAUACUGGAGCUACAAAUCUAAGUGGCGAACGAAAUAGAUCCGGUAUUACUGUCAAAAGUGAGAAAAAAAGUCGCGCUGGUCGACCUAUUGGACGAAAACGUAGAAAACGUGGUUCUGAUGAGGAAGAUCCUGACUUUGAACCUGAGGUGCCCGAGGAAGAGGUUUUACCAUUUCCAUUAAUUAGACGAACAUCCGCUUCUGGUCGUGUAUCGAAACCACCCAAACACUUGGUUAAGGAUUACAAACAUUUACGUCUAGAAGAUUUGACAUCUAAACCAGAGUCAAGUGAAGAAGAUGAGCAUUCCGAUGGAGGUUAUUCUGAUUAUAUUAACGAUGGACUUUCGGAUGAAGGUUGGUCUGAAGAUGGUACGAAUAGAAGUUUACGUUGGCCAUGUCCAUUGUGCACUAAAGUGUUCACUUCUCGUGCUGGAGUAGCACGACAUCGAAGUAUUGCUCAUGGUCCGAAUCGUGGUCGACCUCGAGGCCGUUGGGCUAAUCCAUAUAUGGCUAGUGUUCGACGUAGAGCCAAGUUGAAAGAGGCUGUUGCUGAAGCUACAGAUGAGGAUUUGAUUGAAUUUGUUGCACCACGUUUAUGCAAAUUAAUUAGUCCAUGGGAUCAUCUUCUUCUACGUUCGGAGCAUGGUAAUCCUCCUCUGCCUCAAGUUCCUCGUGUUGUUUUGGAUUACUUGAGUUUGGUUGAACGUGCUCGUUCAUUCCUUUGUGAUCAGUUAGAACCACGAAUAACAAAAAAAUCAAAGGAACCACAAAAUUCAGAAAAUCGUAAAGAUGGUGAAGAUGACAAAGUUGAAUCAAAUGGCUCUGCAAAAAAUAAAGAAAAUGAUUCUGGUGUACAAUCAAAUGGAGUUCAAGAUGGUGACAAUGAGGAAGAUGCCGAGGAGGAGGAGGAAGAAGAAGACGAAGAUGAUGAUGGUGUAAUAAUAGUUAAGGUAGAUACAGAGGAACAAUCUGGUGCUUUAGGUUUACCUUGUGGUAAAUAUAUCGUGAAAGAGCCAUUACGUGAAGAAUAUCUUCCUAGACGUUUUCGAUCAAUAUUGGCAGCUCAAAGGGCAAGUGCAGCAGCAGCAGCAGCCGCUGCAUCUGAUUCUGACAAAGGCAGUGUCGGACAUCAGAAACGUGCCGUGGUUGCUAUGGAAACAGCCGAGGAUGAUGAAGUGGACGCAACUUUACGUAGCGAUAUUGCUUCUACAGAAGAUUCUGUUCAACACUUUGGUGAUGCAAUUGUUUCAAAUCAAACAGCUGAUAACAAUUCUCAAAAUACUGUGUCUUUGGGUGAAGAGUUACUUCUCCUUCCGGAGGGAGGUUUAGGUUGUCCAGUACCUGAUGAAUGGCUUACUAGUGGCGCUUUCCUUACAGUCCUGACAGAAAAUGGUCAAACUAGUGAUUUGGUUAUGGAGGCCGCCACUGGUCGUCUAUUCCAUCGUCCCACAGGUCAUCUUGUCAGUCUAGCUGAUUCUCAACAAGCGAAUCAAUCAGAAGUCGAUGAUUACCAAGGUGAAAGUUAUGAAUAUGAAUCAAACAAUGUCGAACAAAAAACUAAGGCAGCAGCUCCUAAACAACCAAUUUCCGAUAAACGUAAAGGUACUACAACUAAGUCAAAAACACCAUCAAAAUCUCGAGCUAACGAAGAACGUGAUAUUAACAAUGACGAUGUCUUAUCACAGCAAGAACAAAUACUUGCUCAACUGGCUGAAAAUGGUGAUGUGGUUGAUUUGAACACACUAUUUCCUGGUGUAUCUGUUACAGAAGUAUCACCUGGUGUAUGUUUGGUUACUAAACCAAAUGGAGAUCGAUUUAAUGUUGAACAUGGUGGUGAAGGCAUAACACUGGAAACACUACAAGCUAUUUUGCAGAUGGAUGCAUAAUUGGAUUGUUUUUUUUCCUUUUCUUUCUGCAAACAUUUGAUAACUUUUUAUCUCUUGUAAAUAGACAACUAGUCUGUUUUAUGAUUCACUAAAAUCUUAUACUCUCUCAUCAACUUCAUUGUGUUUAAUCCUAUUUGUUUUUCAUGACUAUUUAUUAUUAUUAUUAUUAUGUAUCCUUAGAUUCAUGUGUAUUUUUUAAAAAAAAAAACAAUAUCCCCACUUUCCACAUGUACAAAAGAUCACACUUACUUCCUAUUGUGUGUGUUUGUAAGGUAAUCUGCUCUUUAUUCUAAACAUUAUAUUUUGAAUUCAUUUAUAUAUAUAUGUGUAUUUGUAUCAUUCACUGUACCAUUGCCAAUAAACUAUGUUAGUUACUAAUA